UAUGUACCUUGUGACAACAACAACUCAUCCACAGAGCAGAGGCACACUUUUCUCCUCAUUUUCUUCCUGUCAUUCUCUCUCAAUCUUUCUCAGAGCCCUAAUUUCGGCACGGCACCUCUUCAGAUCCAUUCGCGCGUCGGCGGAGCGCACUCGGGGUGGAUUUCUGCUUCUUUGCGCUACUUUUGCAUACUGGCUCUCCUUCCCGUCUGAACUUAUUUGAUAGGUGCAGAACACCAUGGCCGUAUCGGCAGCUCUGAUUCCCCCAUCGUCUCUGCUCCAUUCGUGUCCGAUCUCAACUUCUUCGUUAUCAUCAGCAUCAUCAUCAUCAUGCUCCGCGACCGCAGCAUCAUCAUCCUCGCCUUCGGCCACUUCUGCGUCUCCUUCUCAGUCAGCGACCCAGAAUCUGUUCCGCACGGAUCUGAUCAGCACCAACACCAGCAGCAUCCCACUGGCCGGCAAGCCCGUGUAUUCUACCCCGUCCCCUGUUGAGAACACCCCGCAGAAUAAUGAAUGUCGGAUGGUGGAGCUCAGGGGCGCUAAGGUGGCCUCUUUCACGGUGGACGGACAGGAGCUCAUCUGCCUGCCCCAGGCGUUUGACCUGUUUCUCAAACACCUGGUCGGGGGUCUGCACACCGUCUACACCAAACUCAAGCGGCUGGAGAUCACGCCGGUGGUGUGUAACGUGGAGCAGGUCCGCGUCCUGCGUGGACUGGGGGCCAUCCAGCCCGGGGUCAACCGCUGCAAACUCAUCUGCAGAAAAGACUUCGAGACCCUCUACAACGACUGCACUAAUGCCAGCUCAAGACCCGGGAGGCCUCCAAAACGGACCCAGAGUAUAACAUCACUGGAGAACCCUCACAUCAUGCCGCAUUCGGUGCCGGGCCUCAUGUCGCCGGGAAUCAUUCCCCCCACAGGCCUCACAGCAGCCGCUGCAGCAGCUGCGGCUGCCACCAAUGCUGCCAUCGCAGAGGCCAUGAAGGUAAAGAAGAUCAAGCUGGAGGUGAUGAGCAGCUACCACGGAAGCAACACCCAGCACGGGGCCGACCCAGAGAACGGAGACCUCAGCUCCAGUGUGGGUGAGUCACCAUCCACCAGCAGCGUGACUCACACUGGAUGCAGGCCUGGCAUUAGCACACGUCUCAAGUGGUCAGGCUUGGAACUGCCGUUUAUGAUGAUGCCCCACCCCCUGAUCCCUGUCAGCCUGCCUCCCGCAUCCGUCACCAUGGCAAUGAGUCAGAUGAACCACCUCAGCACCAUCGCCAAUAUGGCCGCCGCAGCACAGGGACAGAGUGCCCCAUCCCGAAUGGUGACAUCAGUGAUUAAGGAACGGGUCCCCGACAGUCCCUCCCCUGUUCCCUCUCUGGAAGACGGCAGGAGGCCGGGGAGCCGUCCCUCAUCCCAGCGCAGCAGCAGCGUCUCCAGCUCUCCCGCACACACAGAGAGCUCCUCCGACAGAAUGCCUGUGCAUCAGAAUGGACUGUCAAUGAACCAGGCUUUACUGGGCCUGUCUCCCAGCAUCUUACCUGGGCCUAAAGAGGGCGAUCUGGCUACUCAUGACAUCAGCCACGAGGCCAAGAGAAUGCACCUGGAGAAAGAAGAAACCCCCAUGUGCACGCCAACAGCAAGAGACUGUUAUGAGAGGCUCUCGUUGGCGGGUCAGACUUUACCUCCAGGAUUCCCCUCACCCUUCCUAUUCCCUGAAGGCCUGUCAUCUAUAGAGACCCUUCUGACUAACAUCCAGGGUUUGCUGAAGGUGGCAAUUGAUAAUGCCCGCGCUCAGGAGAAACAAGUGCAGCUGGAGAAGACGGAGCUGAAGAUGGAGCUGUUUAGAGAGCGUGAGCUCAGAGAAACCCUGGAGAAACAACUGGCUGUUGAGCAGAAGAACAGAGCGAUCAUUCAGAAGCGAUUGAAGAAGGAGAAGAAAGCGAAGAGGAAAUUGCAGGAGGCGCUGGAGUAUGAGUCAAAACGGCGAGAGCAGGCGGAGCAAUCCCUGAAACAGACAUCACCCACAGAAAGUCUCAGAUCACUCAAUGGUCUUAUGAGAUGUGUCGAGGAUAAGGAAUUUGCAGUAUUGAUGAAACUCGUUGACCCAGGAGAUAGAGACUGACCGCAGCAGUGGCAGAACAGAUGCUGAGAGGACAAUACAAGCAGAUGGAAGACUUUUUCUGAAAACCACAGUGAUGUACUAACACCACGGCGUUGAAGACUGGCGGCAUGUAUCUUAUGAAGAUUCUCCAGAGUCCCUUUGCAGGGUAAUUUAGUUACAGAAACAGGCCAAUCACUCAUAGAGGUGCAUCAAGGGUUUAUGCUUGGACUGAUGUGGAAGAUGGAUUGUGUCCGAAUGUAUUAUUAGGACUCUUUUUCUCACUGAUAUAAACGUUACGUUAUGCCAGAUGUGGAAUUGGAUAUGAUAAGCUGGCGAAGGCAACAAUUUGAGCACAGUAAAAUGUACCGUUCGGUGCACCUGGUGUUAAUAUUUACAACAAAUUCACAGCACUGAAGAUUUUUUAUACUGUAUUUAAACCAGCGAGAAAGCUUCGAAAAUGAAAUCUGAUUCAGAGGUUUUGUUUUGUAUUAAAAAAGGGGAAAAAACAUAAAUCCUUAAUGUCAUUACUAUUUGCCAAGAUGUUAAAGAUUCAAACUUGGAGAAGGACCUCUGAAAAUGUGAAUUUGAAUAUAUGUUGAUCAACAGAAAAGACUAAUAUUUGCUUUUAAUGUUUUCUAAACUAGAAGAAAAAAACAAUCAAGUUUCAUUUCUAUCAUUAUUGUAUAUAAAAGAACAGAAGAUAGGUUAACUCACUCACUUUGGUAUUUGUAUAUAAUGUUAAAAGUUGGUAUUGUGUAUGCAGUAGAUCUAUUAGGAGAACAAUACCAAUGUUUAUAUUGAAUUUAUAGAUUUGGUUUGUUUCUGAGCCAUCGUUCUUUCAGUCCGCUGCCACUUUGGUGAGGAAGCAUGCAGGCAUGUAAAUGUGUUGUCCUGAAUUCAUGUUAUUCAAUAAAUACUUAACUGUGCUGAGCAAACGUACUUAGGGUUUCUUCACUCACGCCCAUUUAAAGUUGAUGAACACUAUGUUUUUGACAGGUAUAUUUUCAAUUUGCAGUGACAUGAAUCUAAUUCUUGUUUGGAUUGAAUCUCAAAUUUAUGGAAAAGUUGUACAGAUCCCCAAAGCUUAUCUACCAUCAUUACACUCAAUUCAGUGUAUUACUUUCAGUGAUAGGCCCUUUUAAAUAAUAAGUAUUUAAUGUAUCAUAUUAUAAUUCUUCAUUAUUCUGGUCAAUACAUGCAACAGGUUCCUGUUGGAAAGUUGCAGACAAAAUAGUGUUAGACCAUCUUUUUAAUCUGAAAUAAAAAGAAAAGAUAACUUUAAAAUAAUUCUUCAUAAUUUCCCCAUGUGGAUGAUAUUUGAUUAAAAAAAGUGUAUUUAAUUUAUCUUUUUCAUUUGUAAUUUUUCAUCAAACUGCAGAACUGUAAUAAUAAUAAUUAAAAAAAAAAAAAAAAGUAUACAUUUUAUAAUGGAUUGUUGGCAACACAUUGUUGGCAACAAAUACAUGAAUUCUUCUUUUUCCAAUUCUUCUUCUUCUUUUGAUUAUAAAAAUAAAAAAAAUAUUAAGAAGAUUCUUCAGUUAUUUGACGGAACUUUUAAUAAUUGCCAGCAAAGAUUGCAAGCAUCUACUCCAGUCCUUCACAUACACAGCAUUUUUUUUCUUUAUAAAAGCUAAAAUCAAGUAAUCAUGGCAAUACCAAACUCACAUUUAAAUAAAGAUUGAAACAAUUCAGCCGGAUGAGUUAAAUUACACAGUGCUAAUUAAUGGUUAUAUUGAAUAUAUUAAAUAAUAGAUUACAGGCUUUUAUUCUACCAAGUAGAUGAUGAUGAUGGUGAUGAGGCACUUAUUGGAUAAUCAAGAAAAAUGUGUUGAAAGGAUCCUUUAUUAGAUGGAUGUUUCUAAUGUUACGGGGCAGCUAUUUAUACUAUAAUCAUAGACAUUAUUUUGUCACACAUUUGUCCUCAGUCUGUAACAAUUCAAAUGUCUAUUGUGUUAAACUACAUGUUAAAGUAUCUUUUACCUCGUCAACGAGGACUUGCUUUUAAGUUUAUUUUUAUGUGAUGUAAACACUGUAGCGAGAUUUAUGGACAUUUUGUUCCUUAUUUCUUUCUAUGGCAGUAAAGAAAACGUCUAAAUAUUGAA